AUGCUCCGAUACGACCAAGCGUCUCAAACAGUCCCGCUGAGGAAGCUCUACUCACUGCCUUCUCGCAAAGCGGAAGUGCCUUCCCACCAAUUUGAGAAGAAAAAAGGCCGAAAUCCGGGGCCAUUACUAAGUAGUCGUAUCGGUCGUCAACCAAACGCGGUGAAAUUUCAUUGUGCAAUUGAGAUUCGCCAACUACGGUCUCUCCGAGGGAGUUAUGCUUGCACUCUAGACACUUCCGGCGGACAUCCCGGUACCCCCGGUCCAGCCACAUCGACCGGUCUGAACGCGUACACUCCGUUCGGAGUGGAUGUGGGAGGUCAGGCAAUGGACUCGACCACCAAUCCAGGCUCGACACACAAUCGAAGUGAUGUUGAAAGUCCGAAAUACAGUCCGGACACUCUGACACCGACCUAUGCGAGCAAGCGGGAUUCGAAUGUGUGGUCGAAUGAGCACAAACCACCGCUAUCUUUAUUACUGUUCCUACCACGAGUUGCCGACCCCAUCGAUGUCACUUCCUCAUGCAGUACCCUGGGCGACAAUGGGACGAUUACAGUCAGUGGGGAUAGUGGCGUGCAUGGGACAAUCGGACAAUCCGGUACCUAUAUGAGUUCGGAAUUGUCCAAAUCGUCUCAGUUCUCUCCAUCCGGUGGCUACAAUCCGAUAGUCUCGGGCAGCGUUUGUGAUCGACUAAAUGUGGACAGACAAUCGUCCUCGUUGAGUCUCGGUACCGAUUCGAUCUGUUGUUACAGUGGGAAUCAUCAGUCCAAUCGGGAAAAUCAUUUGGCCAAAACGGAGGAUGAAGAUUUCUCAAUUCGGUUGGGGGCGGGUGGUGGUGGUGGUGGAGUGCUAGUAGUGGCCUGUUUGAGUUGA